AUGCCACAUUCGCUAAAAGCGAAUGUGGACAUUGUUCCAUCAUCAUCAUCAUCAACAUCCACACCACCAAAACAACAUAAAACAAAAACACCGAUUAGUCGAUCAUCAUCAUCGUCAUCAUCAAAUUCUUCAUCAUCCGGUUCCAGCAGAUCUCGUUCUCGUUCACCGAUUUCUCGGCGUUCACGUUCACCAACACCUUCAUCAUCAACAACACCGAUUACAAAUAAUACUUCUCAUGUACCUUCAUCAUUUUUACAUCAACAAGCAGCAGCAGCUGCAGCUGCACUUUUUUCAAAUAGUUCUCUUAGUUCUUUACUACCAAUGUAUAGUAUGGGUCUAUUUCCAAUACCUCCACCACCACCUAUUCUACCAGCAGUUAAUUUUUCUACCGAACAAAUUGUUCGUGUUUGUGAAUCAUUAGAAGAAACUGGUGAUAUUGAUCGAUUAGGAAGAUUUCUUUGGUCAUUACAAGUUGCACCUGGUUCAGCAAAUUUAUUAGUUCAACAUGAAAGUAUUUUACGUGCACGUGCAUUAGUUGCAUUUCAUUUGGGUAAUUAUCGAGAACUUUAUCAUUUAUUAGAAAAUCAUAAAUAUACACGUGAUUCACAUGCGAAAUUACAAGCUAUGUGGAUGGAAGCACAUUAUCAAGAAGCAGAAAAAUUACGUGGAAGACCAUUAGGACCAGUUGAUAAAUAUCGUGUACGAAAGAAAUAUCCAUUACCACAUACAAUAUGGGAUGGUGAACAGAAAACACAUUGUUUUAAAGAACGAACACGUUCAUUAUUAAGAGAAUGGUAUUUACAAGAUCCUUAUCCAAAUCCAGCUAAAAAACGUGAACUUGCACAAGCAACUGGACUAACACCAACACAAGUUGGUAAUUGGUUUAAAAAUCGACGACAACGUGAUCGAGCAGCACAAGCAAAAAAUAGACAACAAUAUGGUUUAGAUACUGGUAGUUAUUCUCCACCAUCAUCACCUGACUCUUCAACAAUCUAA